AUGGGGGGAGGGACUCGUCAGAUGGCGGCGGCAGUUGGAGCUGGGAAGACGGUCCUGAGCGGGAAGAAGGCCGUAGCGGAAGGUGAUCUUGGGGAGAGUCCAGAACCCUGCAAGGGAGAUUUAUCUGGAAGGUGGCAAGACGUUAGCGAGGAGAAGACCUACGCCGCUGUAAGCACAGUUUCAAUUUCUGAACUGCGACGGUUAGAUUACGACGUGGACCUGAACGCAGUUACAGAAUUGCAGACUUGA